AUGAUGGCACGUUACGAACAACGAGAACUUCUCGAACAACUUAUGGGAAGAGAUACAUUGAUCAAUCCCUCAAGACAACGAAGAGAAUUAGGUCUUUCAGAUCCAAAGAUCUGUAAAAGUUUUUUGCUGGGUAUAUGCCCAUAUGAUCUAUUCAAUAGUACUAAGCAAGACAUGGGUCGUUGUAACAAGAUACAUUUGGAGAAACAUAAAUUACAAUAUGAAAGAGAAAUAGCACAAGGCAAGGAAUACCCAGAUUUUGAUAUUGAAGUCAUACAGACAUUGAAUAGAUUUAUAGUUGAUGUCAAUAGAAAAAUUGAUGUGGCAUUGAAAAGAUUGGAGCAUACACCAGAAGAAAAACUAAAGAUAAGUGAAGCUGCUAAAGAAUUAGAAGCUGUUGAUUCAAGAAUAAAUAUAAUGAUUCAAGAAAUUGAGAAAUUAACGGAGAAUAAACAAGUAUUGAAGGCAUUGGAUCAAAGUGUCAAGCUUCAAGAAUUAUCAGUGAAAAGAGAAUAUCAUAUAAAAAAGUUGAGAGAUGUAACUGAAAAUGCAGGUCAGAGUGCACAACAAAAACUUCAAGUUUGUGAAGUUUGUGGCGCUUAUCUUUCAAGACUAGAUAGUGAUAGAAGAUUGAGUGAUCACUUUUUGGGUAAGAUACAUUUAGGCUAUGUUCAAAUGAGAGAUAAACUCGAUGAGUUGAAGAGAAAACAUAAAAAUGAUUGA